GUUGUCACCAUUUCACCAAAUAACUAAUUAAAAGGAAAAUCUCUAACAAAACACUAAAAAAAUAUAAGAACGAUGGACGCAGACGAGGGGCCAAUCAUCUUUAACAAGCAGAAGCAGGCUGAGCAGGCCGCGUUGGAGGCCCAACAGGUGCAUAUACGUGUCCAGCAGCGUGCGGGGAAGAAGUCGGUGACCACCAUCCAGGGCCUAAACCCCGGGCUCAACUUUAACCGCAUUAAUCGGGAGUUUCAGCGUCGUUGGGGGUGCAAUGGAACUUUAAUUAGAACUGCAAAUGUCGGGACCGUGAUCCAGCUCCAGGGAAACUGGAGCGAGAACAUCCGGCAGUUCUUACUCGACGAACACAUGGCUACCGAGGGCAACUUGAAGAUUCACUCGCUUUAGAAUUAAAUGCGUAUAUAUUUAUUGAUUUUGAACUAAAUAAGGAAGUGUGCUCAAUCUUGGCGUUGUUGACUUUCUUUAAGGAAUUUAUUUGCCGUAUUUCACGUUGCGCUGUUUGAGUGUAUUGAGGGUUCAGCGAUGUUUGUAAUUAAUUGCCGUAUCUUUAGGGUACUAAGGCUAAUAUAUAAAAAAAGAAAAGUCAUGGUACACGCUUAACUUGUAAGUAAAUUUGGUAACUUCGCGGUAAACUGGUUUCGUUCGAUUGUAAAAAGUGCAUGAUUAAGUUGGAUUCCAUUAUUGGUCUCUUCGUGUGGGCACUUUUAGAAGUGGUUCUCACACGCUUUACGGUAGUUACUUUUUUUUCUGGAAUGAAGGUUUACUCUUUAUUAUAACCACUUUG